GUCUCUUUCUGUUGAGUUUUCAUCAACUAAGCUGUACCCCAGACUCCAGGGACACUCAAUCCAUAGUGACUCUUUUAACUCCUCGAAGCUAUGUCUUGAAUAGAAUUAUGAUUAAGCUUGAAAUUCAUUUAAAAUAGAUAUACUUUUCUAUAAUUCUUCUUAUUUCUCAUUUCCUUAUCAACAUUACUUUGUGAUGCUCUUGUAAUUGACAUCAAAGUUCUCAUGUUUUAACAAAUGAACAGCAGGGAAUUCAAGAGGAAAACAGAAAGCGUCAACCGUGACAACCAGUAGCAAACCAUGGAGAUCAAGGGUUACAUCUCUUCUGACAAUUCAGCCAAAACCAAUGUCAUUUGUCCUAGCAACCCAGUGAUGAUCUGGCAAGUCUCCGAAGUGAAGAAAUUUCAUCCAGAUCAGGCAAUGCAAAGUGGAAGAUGCAUAAAUAUUUAAGGCGAUCAAGUGCCAUAUUCUGUCAAAUUUGUUGCUAACUAACAGACAAGAAAUGUGGAAGGCCAAGUUAAACUUGCUAAUGCUGUCUUGAAUUUUGAUUACAAUAAUGGAUGCAUUUGCUAUUGAGUACAAAAAGAGCGUUGUGAGAUUGGGUGUUUUGGGAAGCUUCUAUAAGGUAGGGUCGAGAUUUUAGCAAUUGUCUCCAUUUAGUAAAAUUUCUACUCGGCUCUUCCAGUGAAAUUUAGUAGUUGUGUUUUUAUCUUUCUUUCAUCAUCUCUUAUUGUAUCAAAAUAGUUGGGAACGUGAAAAUUGCACCAAAUUGGAAUUUUAAUGUAUUUACUUCACCAGAAAAAAAUUUCUUUCAAUGAAUAAAGAUUGUGAUGUUAU